CUCUGGUCAGACAGACGGUGCUCACAAGCACCUUGGAACUCUGUCAGUAACAGGUGAGACAGACAGCAUCUAUUGACCUGUUGCCUUAUAGGAUAGACCUACACAGAUUAAGGAUUUACUAUACAGAAUAAGAAUUGAUACCGAAUGGAAUUUGAAAAACAAAAUGAAGUUUGGAUUGAUUCAGAUUAUGAGGAAGAGGAAACAGGUGAUUCCUCUGAUCGGCUGCAUGGUAUUGUCUACUGCUGGAGCCAUCUUUGCCUCCCUCUACUUCCUAUUUACAAAGAAUGAUGUCAUUUUAAAUAAAAUUAGAAACCCUGAACCCUGGGAGGGAGUGGACUCGUCUAAACCACAGAAGCUGGUCACUAUCAACCAGAAGCGGAGGCCGAUUGAAGAACUGGAACAGGUGAAGAGCAUGACCAAGUGAUCUCGCAAGUGCGCCUCUCUUUCUCUCUCUCUCUCGCUCUCUCUCUCUCCACCCUCUCCCUUUCCCCUCCCCCUCCAUCCUGAUUGGGAGCCCACCAAGUUGCCUGCCUCCCCUUCCAUCAGUCGAGCGGAAUCAUUUCUACACAGACUAGAUUCUCUGAACCUGCAGUACAUUUGUACUGCACUAUAGCUGACUAUAAGUGUGACCAAAGCUAUUUGUUUGUGAAACAUAAUGUAUGUGUGAGGGUGAAAUAAGUUAUUGCAAUUGAAAAUGGGCAUGGCUCGUGUUAUUAAUGAUUAAUGAGGAGUGUGUGCCUGUGUGAUCCAAUCUAAAGCAAUGGCUGUAGGAUGACAAUGCCACCAUCAGAAAAAUUGCUUUAAUAACAAAAAGGUGGUCCUUCCAGCUAAAUAUAUUGUACUAUAAUAAUGCACUGAUAGUUCCUUCAGAAAGUAUUCACACCCCUUGACUUAAGCAACGUUUUGUUGUGUUACAGCCUGAAUUAAAAUGUAAAUUAAUAACUUCCCCAUGCCCAAACGGAUAUUCAAUAUCUGCUUUUUAUCAUUUUUACCUCUCUACCAAUAGGUGUCCUUAUUUGCGAGGCAUUGGAAAACCUACCUGGUAUUUGUGGUUGUAUCUGUUUUUGAAAUUCAGUGCUCGGGACCUUACAGAUAAUUGUAUGUGUAGGGUACAGAAAAUCAUGUUUAACACUAUUAUACUAUUACACUAGAGUCCAUGCAACUUAUUAUG